AACUCCACGCCUCGGCAUGAUUCAGACGGAGUGAGAGGGAUCAACGAUUAGCACCUUUGAGACUUUGACACAGAGAUGCAACUCCAAAGUCCAAACCUUUAAACAAUUAGCAGGGAGAGAGAGAGAGCAUCCAUGGCUUCAAAAGUAGGAGCAAGCGCUAUUAGGGUUCCAGAGAUGGAGAAGAUGAGUCUGGAGCAGCUAAAAGCUUUAAAAGAACAAUCUGAUCUAGAGGUGAAUCUGCUCCAAGACAGCUUGAACAACAUCAGAACUGCUACUGUUCGUCUCGAGAUAGCUUCCAACGCUCUUCAUGAUCUUUCACUCCGUCCCCAAGGGAAGAAAAUGCUAGUGCCGCUUACGGCUUCUCUUUAUGUCCCCGGGACGCUUGACGAUGCCGAUAAAGUUUUAGUCGAUGUUGGCACUGGGUAUUUCAUUGAGAAAACAAUAGCUGAAGGCAAAGACUAUUGUGACCGGAAGAUCAACCUACUGAAAUCCAACUACGACCAACUUAUUGAGGUUGCAUCCAAGAAAAAAAGUAUAGCAGAUGAAGCUGGGGCGAUCUUGCAGGCAAAGUUACGACAGGCGGCUCCAACCACAUAGACAAUCCUGAAUUCUGCUUUUUUGACCAAAAUCUUGCUCAGAAUAAUUUUGUGAAAACCAAUCAGAAAAAAAAGAGUUAUUCUGUGAAGUUAGAACUGAUGCAUAAUUGCAGGAAAUGGUUUUCUCACUCAAUUUUUUCCCGAGCUGAAAGCAUAGGUAAUUGAAAUUCACUGUUUCGGGGGGACUGGAUGCAGAUCUAUACUUGCACGGGGCACACUUAGUUGUAGUAGUAAAUGAGUACAAGUUUUCUUUUUGAAAUGUUCAAAGCCACUUUGUAUUUAGAAAUUAGAUGUUCCCUGUUGAAAGCGUUGAACCUCUUGUCGUCUUCUUUGUUUCCAUCCCUUUUUUUCCUUUUAUUUAUGCCUCUUAUCUUAUUCUGAGACUUGUGUUUAAACUUUAAAGAGUUAAGAGGUUUUCUUUACAUGUCCUUUUACUAUUCCCGUUGUGUUUGCAAGCAGGUCUUGGCUAUGGAUUCCUUUUUUGUCUAAA